CCACACCAACAAAAAGCGCAAACUGACCCUGUGCUGAUGCAGACGCGGUUUCUCUAACUGUGCGCGUGACACGAACUCUCAAGUGCAGUUAGCUCAGUGGAUCGAUCUCUCUCCGUGCUCGUGCUGGUAUGGAGCUGGCUGCUACGCCCUAGGUUUUCUAUGUGGAUCACCUCUCCCCUUUGGGGUAGACGCAUUUGAAUCAUUCAAUUCAUUUCAGUCUCCUCUCUCCCCUUCUUCUCGGCUUCUCCCCUUCCAAUUCUAAACUCCCCGAGCCCCAAAAAUCACGCACCCAGAGAGCCCCAGACCCUAGCCACCCGUCCGUCGAUGGGGUGCACCCAGGGCAAGUGCUGCCUGCCGCGCCACCCGAGGCGAGGCUCCGGCGGCGGGGCCGGCCGAGGGGGUCGUGGGCCCGGAGGCCACGGCGGCGCCACCCUCGGCCGCGCCGCGGUCCCCGGAGCGGGGCUGGUGCUGGAGCACGCCACGCUGGCGGUGGCGGGUCUCUACCCGGACUCCCCCGGGCGGGAGUCGCAGGAUGAGCACCUCGUCGCCUCGCGCUUCGCGGGGGACCCCGACCUCCACCUCUUCGCCGUCUUCGACGGCCACGGCGCCGCGGGCGCCGCGUGCGCCAGGUUCGCGCGCGAUGCCCUCCCGCGCCUCCUCGCCGCUGGGGCGGAGUCAGGGCGGCUGGUCUCGGACCCCGCCGCGGCGUUCCGGGAGGCGAUGGUGGCCGCGAACGCGGAGAUGCAUGCAGCGGCCGGGGUGGACGACUCGAUGAGCGGGACCACGGCCGUGGCGGCCCUGGUGGCUGCCGGCGCGAUCCACGUGGCGAACGUGGGGGACUCGCGCGCCGUGGCGGGGGUGUGGCGCGCGGGGCGGGUCGUGGCGGAGGACCUCUCGUGGGACCAGACGCCGUUCCGCGCCGACGAGCGCGCGCGCGUCAAGGCGUGCGGCGCGCGGGUGAUGUCGGUCGAGCAAGUGGAGGGCAUGCGCGACCCGGAGUCCGAGGGGUGGGUGCCCGACGAGGGGGACCCGCCGCGCGUGUGGGCGCGCGACGGGCUCUAUCCCGGCACAGCCUUCACGCGCAGCCUCGGCGACCUCGCCGCCGAGGGGGUCGGGGUCAUUGCGGAACCUGAGGUCAAGAGCGUGGAGAUCACUCCAGCCCACCUGUUCUUCGUUGUCGCGAGCGAUGGCGUGUUCGAGUUCCUCUCCAGCCAGGAAGUCGUUGACAUGGUUGCUAUGUAUCAAGAUCCACGAGAUGCCUGCUCAGCAAUCGCUGCAGAAUCAUACAGACUAUGGCUGGAGCAUGAAAACAGGACAGAUGAUAUAACAAUAAUCAUUGUGCAUAUCCGGGAUUCUGAAAAUUCAGGUCCUGCAGGGAGUGACAAAGUGGACUACAGCAGCGGCGGAGCAUCAAUAGCUUUGCACACAGUACAAUCAGAGAUGCCUGUAUUUGUACCAUCAGAAGCGAGUCACCUGAACAGAUGUGCUGCUACUGAACUGCAGUCAUCGUCUUCCAACUCUCCAACAGAACGAAGACUCUCCUGUGUUGUUCCUUCUACGCACACUUUGUUGGUACACGGCAGAAUAUCAGAUGCUACCAAGCCUAUGCAAAGUGAGAGACCUGCAUCACAUCGAGCAGAAACAUGGCAUCAGAUGGAAGGUGGUACUGCACUGGAGCGGCCGGUGCAGCGGAGUAUCCCCCCAGCGUCCUGCUGAAGGUGGAGCAUUUAAGCUUAAGUGGCACAAAGAAAGCUGCGUCAUCCCGAAUCAUCAUCCAUCGUAAGAUCUUAUCCUAAUCUUUUUCUUUUGGUCAGAUUUUGCAGAAAAUAUUAUAGAGAGGUUGUCUUUUGCAGGGAGCUACUAACCGUACCAUGGAUUGUCAAUUUGUCAUGUUGGCCAGCUGCAAAUCUCGGUGUUGUUGCUCGUGUUUUCUUAGAGCUACUAACCUGCUGCUGACUGACGAUGCGAAGAUUCUGAUCCAAAGAGGGUCAUCUAACCAGGGAUUGAGUCACUGAGACUUCAGCAUGUGGCGAUGGGCGCCGUCUGUGGAACGGAGUUAUCCUCCGUAGUUUGUAUUUGUUAACUUUUUUUGCAAAUCUUAAAUAAGUUGAUGCUUGCCGUGAUAUCACCUGAGGUGCAACCGUGCAAUGCCAUUCUGCGGCAGAACGGCAGGCACCAGAGAAUUAGGAUCUGGAAUUGAGAAGUGUAUGCCGUGCAGAACAAAAUGUUUAGUUGAUGCUUUCAGAAGGAAAAAAAACGAAUAUCGGACGCUUCUUUUAGCC